AUGUCAGACCCUGGCGCUCCGGAGGCCGCCUCAGGCCCGGGGCCCCGGGGCCGCAGGAGGACGUGGGCCGAGCUGCUGGCGGGAAGGGUCAGGAGGCCGAAGCCCGGCCGUGAGCGCGGACAGCAGGUCCAGGCGGCCGCCGCGCAGCUCCUGAGGCGCCAUCUGAACCUGGGACAGCUCCUGCUCGAGGUGGAAGGCCCGCCGGCGAAGCUGCCUCUCAGCAGGUGGAUGGACCGCGGCAGACCCGGGGCGCUCAUCGGCUCCGCUUUACGAGAUCAAGCCUCGCGGCUGGGGCUUCCAGUGGCGGUCCUGUCCAGCCAGACGGUGGCCUCCGCCUUUGUGCAGAUCUGUGAGGUGCACGCUGAGCCCUCUCGUGGGGUGCUGCUGGAUCCGGAGCAAAGAAAGAAAUUGUUUUCCUUGUUAGAGAUCGCUGGGCAUUUAUUAGCACACAGUAUGUUCUCCCGUCUCUCCUUCUGUGAAGAAUUGUGGAAAGUACAGGAUUCUUUGUUGCUGGAAGCUGUGUGGCAUCUUCAUACACAAAACAUUGUGAGCCUUCAAGAACUGCUGGAAAGCCAUUUGGACGUGCAGGUGGUGGUAGCAUGGCUCUUCAGGAACCUGCGUUGUCUGUGUGAGCAGACAGAAGAGUCCUGUCAGCACAUCGACAUCAGUAGGUCUAUGCUUUCUGAUUUUGUGCAAAUGUUUGUUUUGAGGGGAUUUCAGAAAAUCUCAGGUCUGAGAAGAAAUGAGGCUGAACGAAUGCCCCAGAUUGCUGCGGCUGUAUUGCAGAAAAUGCUGCUCUUUGCACUUGAAACCUUGGCUGCCGGCAGCGUGCAGGAGGAGUCCUCAGCACACAAGGCAGUGAGAUGCUGGUUCAGUGGAUUCAGUGGGCACGCGCUCCGCAGUAUAAUUUCAACAGAUUCUCCGAAGAGGUUUUUCAGGCACACACUGACUCAGAUACUCACUUAUCAGCCUGUGCUGAAAGUCUCCGAUGCUGUUCAAAUGCAGAGGGACUGGAGCUUCUCCAGGACCCACCCUCUGCUCACCGGCCUGUACCGCAGGCUCUUUGUGCUCCUGAGUCCAGAGGAGCUGGUCAACCACUUACAAGAAGUGCUGGAGACGCACGAGGUGAACUGGCAGCAUGUGCUGUCCUGUGUGUCCACAUUGGUGGUCUGCUUCCCUGGAGCACAGCAGCUGGUGACCGAUUGGGUUGCCCAUUUGCUGACCCGUGCGUUUGAGAACUUCGACCUGGACAGCAUGGUCACUGUGUUCCUGGUUGUACGUCAGGCUGCGCUGGAGGGCCCCUCCGUGUUCCCAUCCUAUGCAGACUGGUUCCAGGCCUCCUUUGGGAGUGCAAGGGGUCACCACUGCAGUAGCAAGAAGGCGCUGGUCUUCCUCUUCAAGUUCCUGUCCGACCUCGUGCCCUUUGAGGCCCCCCGGUACCUGCAGGUGCAUAUUCUCCACCCACCCCUGGUCCCCAGCAAGUACCGCUCCCUCCUCACAGACUACGUCUCGCUGGCUAAGACACGGCUGGCUGACCUGAAGGUUUCUGUGGAAAACAUGGGGCUCUAUGAGGAUUUGUCUACAGUUGAGGAUGUCAUAGAGCCUCAUAGCCAGGCAUUCCAGGAUGUGGAGAAAGCUAUCCAGGUGUUUGAACACACAGGGAAAAUUCCCGUUGCUGUCAUGGAGGCCAGCAUUUUCAGGAGGCCCUACUAUGUCUCUCACUUUCUGCCUGCCCUGCUCACGCCUCGAGUGAUCCCGAGUGCCCCUGAUUCCCGAGCAGCCUUUAUAGAGUCCCUGAAGAGAGCAGAUAAAAUACCCCCGUCUCUGUAUUCCACUUACCACCAAGCCUGCUCUGCUGCUGAAGAGAAGAGACCAGCAAAUGUAGCCCUGGGACUGAAGGUGGAGGUGGAACCCAGCUGUGCGGAAGGCUCCCUGGGACUGUUGACAGCUGCACUUCUAGAGCUCAGGGCCGCCAUGACAGACCCUGCCCAGUACGAUGUUUUGUCUGCUCAGAUUGCGUUGGUUUCUGAAAGGCUGAGCUCUGCCCUGGGCCUCAGUGAGGACGAUAGCAGCUCUGAGGUCUCAAAGAUCCAGCUCAGUGUUCUUGCUCCCAAACUGGAGCAGCGGGAGCAGCAGGUCGUGGAUCUACUGCUGACAUCCUUCUGUCAGAACCUAAUGGCAGCCUCCAGCUUUGCCCCACCAGACAGGCAGGGCUCUUGGGCCACCCGCUUUGUGACGGCCACAUGUGGAUGCACGCUCCUCCCUGCUGUGCUCUCCAGGCUCUGCCAGCUUAUCCAUCAGGGCCCGAGCCUGAGUGCCUCACACGUGCUAGGGUUGGCUGCCCUGGUCAUCCACCUCUGCGAGUCCACGUCUGUGCUCCUGGAGGUUCAUGUGGGCCCUCCUCCCCCUGCCAGGGGCCUCUCCAUCCCCGAAUUCUUCAACAGCCUCCUGACGUGCACAUCCAAGGAGUCCUUGCUCUUCUGCCUCAAAUUUUGUACCGCAGCAAUUUCUUACUCUUUGUGUAAGUUUUCUUCCCAGUCAUGUGAUGCUUGGUACAGCUGUUUAUCUCCAGGCCUUAUAAAAAAGUUUCAGUUCAUUGUGCUCAGAUUGUUCUCAGAAGCCCGAGACACUCUCUCUGUGGAGGACACAGCCAGCCUUCCCUGGAGACCCUUGUGUCUGCUGCCUGCAGACUGGCAGCGAGCCUCCCUCUGUCUGUGGAGACAGAGGGCCUUCCAGGAACUGUUGAAGAAGAUGGAAUUUCAUUUAACUUACAGAGACUGGGUACAGCUGGAACUGGAAAUUCACCCUGAAGUGGAUUCUCUUUCAGACAUAGAAAGGCGGGACUUCCACCAGUGGGCCAUCUAUGAGCAUUUCCUCCCUGCACCCUCCACUGCAGGGGGCCUCAGUGGAGACCUGGAGACAGCGUGCACCAUCCUUGUCAAUGUGCUGAUGGACUUCUGCCAAAGCUCAAGGAGUUGCGACCACUCAGAGAAUUCUGAUUUGGUUCUUGGUGGCUCCAAGGGAAAUCGGGAUAUUUUUUCAAGAUUGCAAGAGAUGGCUGCUGACCUGGAACAGGGCUCAGCGAUAGUGCCCCGUGGCCGCGCUCCAUCUCAGGGACACUUCCUCUUCAGGGUUUUCCGCAGCCGGCUCCAGGCUCUGGCAGGCGGAUGGGAUGUGGCCUCUCGCCUUCAGAGACAGCGGGAGCUACUCCUGUACAAAUGGAUUCUCCUAGGCCUUCCUCCAUCUGUCCUCGUCGGCAGCCCCCAGGCAAAACAGCCAGCCCCUGACUUCGCCGAGUUCUUCCACUUGGUCAACUCUGAGCUGAGAAACUUCUGUUCCCAUGGAGGUGCCCUGACACAUGACAUCACCAUCCACUUCUUCAGGGGGCUGCUCUAUGCCUGCUCACGAAGCAGAGAUCCCACCCUGACUGCUGACCUGACCCUGACCGCCUGCCAAACCGAGUGCCCCUUGGUUCUGACCUCCGCUCUGUUGUGGUGGCCGCGCCUGGAGCCCGAGCUUCACUGUCGGUGGAAGUGCUUCCAGAGCCCACUGCCCCAGGAGCUGCAGAGGCUGCGGGAGGCCUGGCAGUUUGCCAGCAGCCUCCUGUCCCCCGACACAGUGUCCCCCGCCCCAAGCCCGGCCUGGGUCUCGGCCGCGGCACUGUACUUUGCAAUUCAACAAGCUGGGAAAGGGAGCCUGAGGAGAAGCCUGGAGAGGCUGCACUGCCCUGGGGAGGAGGCAAGGACAGCUCUGCACUGCCCUGGGGAGGAGGCAAGGACAGCUCUUCUCUUACCUUUCGUUCCCCAGUGGCUCGUUGUCAGUGUUCCGCUUCUGGUUGUCCUGUUUUUCUUUUCCCUGCUGGGCUUGCUGUCGUCACAUCUGACCCCACACGCUGUCGACUCCCUGAGGGCUUUGGACAUUUGUGCCGAGAUCUUGAGGUGUUUGGAGAAGAGGAAAGUGUCCUGGCUGCCACUCUUUCAGUUGACAGAGACAGAUGCCGGCCUGGGACACGUCCUCCUCCACCUGGCCCCGGAACAGCAUAUCAAGCUGCUGCCAGUCGCCUUCUACAGUCUUACCUUCAGCCUCCUCUCCUACUUUGAUGAAGACACCCUCAUCCAGGAUGACGCCUUCCUGCAUGUUGCUGUGGACAUGUACCUGAAGCUGCUUUGCCUCUUUGUAGCCGGGGAGACAGGUGUACUCUUGACUGCAGGCGGCAGGAGCCAGGAGCUCCAGGGCCAGGGCGGCCCUGUUGGCCUGAUAACAAAAGCUCGUCUUUUCCUGCUACAAUCAAUACCUCGGUGCCCCAGAAAGAGCUUCUCAAACAUGGCAGAGCUGCUGGCUACUCGUGGAGACAGUGACCCAGAAAUGAGUGCCGCCCUCCUGAGCAGGCAGCAGGCUAUGCAGGACAAUGGCUUCUCCCAGGAGCCCCACCUCUUCUGACUGCAACCCCACAUGCACCACUCCUUUGUAAAUAAUUUAUUACGAGCAUGACAUGGAGCUCCUGUUGCACUAAAAAGUGGAAUACAAAUCUCCUUUUGCUUUAGUAGGGAACAGGAAUCAAUUAUUUAAAGUUUG